AUGAUGAUGCCCGGUUUUUGGGACGGUGGACAAACGUGGAAAGUUCGCUUUGCUCCUACUGUUGUUGGUAUUUGGACAUACAAGACAAAAGCCACUGAUAUAGGUCUUAAUAAUCAGACUGGUUCUAUUAUGUGCACUGCGUAUACAGGAUUGUUACCAAUCUAUCAGCAUGGAUUUUUAAAGCCUAGUACAAAUAACAGAUAUUUAACGUAUGCUGAUGGAAAACCAUUCUAUUGGUUAGGAGAUACACAUUGGUCUGGUUUUAAUAUUGCAGAACGAUUUAAUGAAUCAAAUGAUGCACGUUUUAGUUCAAUGUUUAAAGGAUUAAUUGAUCGACGUAAAGAGCAAGGUUUCACUGUAUGGAAAGCCGAGACAUUUGCUAAUAACAAUGAACAAGGUAAUCCACCAUAUAAUGAAGGUGGAGCAGCAUGGGGUGACGGUAGAUUUUUUAUAGAUUUAAAUACAAAAUUUUGGCAAAAUAUUGAUCAACGUAUUCAAUAUUUAGCAAAUAAAGGAAUGGUAAUUGCAAUGGCACAAGGCAUUGGUCGUAGUAUGAAAAAUUCUUCCGUUGAAUCAGACCAUAAACGAUUAGCACGUUACAUACUUGCACGAUAUGGUGGCUAUCCUACUGUAUGGAUGACUGCACAGGAAUAUAAUGAUGAAUAUGCUGGAGCAUGUGGUACAUGCUGGGCAAGCGUUGCUGCUUAUGUAUUUGAUCUUGAUCCAUAUAAACGAGCAAAUAGUAUGCAUAAUGCAGCAACAAAUCCUAUUGCAUAUCACGAUCAGUCAUGGUAUGGAUUUGUCACUCUUCAACAAGCUCAUAAUCGAGUGAAUUCAGUGGAUUAUUGGCUUGCACAAUAUAAUGCUAUUCCAGCACGACCCAUUCUUGAAGAUGAAGCUAAUUAUGAAGAUAUAAUUCCACCUUACGGUGGUGGAACAGUUACACCAAAAUGGAAAACUCGACAAAGUGCAUGGCAAUCACAAAUUGCAGGAACAUUUGGUUUUACUUAUGGUGCACAAGGAAUCUGGUGGGGUUGUUAUACAAUAGAAGAUUUAAGUUUUAAUUGUGGUAGAGGUAGUGAUACACGAGCGUGGAAUAUUGCUAUUGAUUUUCCUGUGGGCGAACAAAUGUCUUUUAUGGCACGUUUUUGGACAUCAUUUGAUUGGUGGACAUUGAGUCCUGAUCAAAAUGCUAUUUAUUGGAUAUCUGCACCGACUGAUACUCAAAGACCAUAUCAAAAAACGGAUGGUAAUAAUCGUACAUUAGUAAUUGCAUAUUUACCAUUACAAUUGAACGGUACUGUUUAUAAUGGAACAGUUAGAAAUUUGUCCCCGACUAGUAUAUAUAUAUCUCAAUGGUUUAAUCCACGCAAUGGUACCUAUUCAGUUAUAGAUGAAGGUUGGAUCCCAUCAAAGGCUGGAUCAUGGAACAUACCUACUCAACCUACUUCUACUGAUGACUGGGUAUUAAUGAUUCAACGUAUAAAUGACACAAAUACAUCGCCUAACCUGAUAGUGAAUAUGAAGACAAAUAUUCUCUAA